UUAGCGAAAGAGUCGAAUGUGACGGAAGUGGGGAGAUAGGGAAGCGCUUCAGCGAGCGAAGGCUGCAGAAGCCGGCCCCAGCAGCACGGCGUUCGAAUAGAACCUUGCUCCGCGUUGUGGGUUGCAACACCGCGUUCCAAUAGAACCUUAGCCCGGAUCGCUUGCUGGAGAGUUUGCUGAUUUGGACCCCGGAGUGAGAGGGAGCACGCCAAUAAUGAGCAACUACACGGUCUCUCUGGUUGGCCCAGCCCCGUGGGGAUUCAGACUUCAAGGUGGCAAAGAUUUCAACAUGCCGCUGACCAUCUCCAGGCUGUCGGAAGGCGGGAAAGCUGCGCAGGCCAGUAUUGAGGUUGGAGAUGUGGUUCUGUCCAUUGAUGGGGUCAGCACGGAGGGAAUGGCUCAUCUGGCAGCGCAGAACAUGAUCAAGGCUUGCACUGGAUCUCUGAAACUCAGUCUUCAGAGGGCUGCUCCUGCUCCUAAAUCCGCCCCAACAACUGUUCAAAAGGAUGAGUCCAGAGAACAUACAAUCCCUGUUGCAUCCAUCGCUCCUAUGGCCCUAAAGGCCCCACCGGCAGCCAGCUCCGCCUACAAUAAGACUGCUCGGCCUUUUGGUGCUACGUCAUCCCCAAGGGUCUCGCCUGCCCCCUUUGUCCCUGCUUUGUCACCCCUCACUCAGCCGCCGCCUCCGUCACUGGCAUCCACUGUCCAUCCCUCCCCCACUCCUCAGUCGGCUUCUCCUCAGCACGUGCAUGCCAGUGUCAAAGUUGGCACCAAUGGGCGCUCGCCACCGGUAACUGCUGUCAAAUCGCCAGUAACCUCAUCCGUUAAUGUCCCACGGCAGCCCAGGGCGUACAACACGCCCAUAAACCUCUACUCCUCUGACAAUGCCUUUGAGGUGGCAGAGGGACAGAAGAGAGGACUGAGAGACGGCCAGAGUGAUGCCAAGCCGCAAAAUGGGUCACCCAGGCGAAUUGUGACCGGUGCCCAUCCUGACAUCCAUCAUAACUUUAGCGAUCAGAGCAAGAAGCGCUUAAUGCAAGACACUGAAGACUGGCAGCCCAAGACGGGCACAGCUCAAUCACGUUCAUUUUCUAUCCUUGCCCAGAUGACAGGCACUGAGCAUUCGGUAACGCCAGUGAGUGAGACUAGCAAGAAGACAAGUGGAGAGCAGCCUGAGCUUCUACAACCCAUUGGCCCGGCAACAGCCUCUGUCAAGCCCAUGUCAAAGUCCAGUGGAGUCUGCCGCACCUCCCCUGCUGCUGCAGGAUCUGGCCCAACCUUCAAGCCCUCGGGAGUCCCAGGUGCAGCCAAGACAACUGUUUGGCAACCUGGAAACUCAGCAGUGAACAGCGUCUCCAAGAUUACACUGCCGACUGCACAUGUCUCUCCUGCCAAUUCCACAUCCAACGCGAAGGUGCCCAGCACUACGGUGGAGAAGCCACCCCUGCAAGAUGAUAACACACUGGUUCAAAUGGCUGAACACAUCCCUGCUGGGAACAGGACACCAAUGUGUGCCCAUUGCAACUUAGUUAUUAGGGGCCCAUUUCUGGUGGCCAUGGGCCGCUCGUGGCACCCGGAAGAGUUUACCUGCGCCUACUGUCGCCUAUCGCUCGCCCACAUUGGGUUUGUGGAAGAGAAAGGAUCCGUGUACUGUGAGAAGUGCUACGAGCAGUUCUUUGCCCCUGAUUGUGCCCGGUGCCAAAGGAAGAUCUUGGGGGAAAUCAUCAAUGCCUUGAAGCAGACUUGGCAUGUUAACUGCUUCAUGUGUGUGGCUUGCAUGCAGCCCAUUCGAAACAAUGUCUUCCACAUGGAGGAUGGAGAGCCUUACUGUGAGAAAGAUUAUUAUAAUUUAUUUGGCACUAGUUGCCGUGGCUGCGACUUUCCCAUUGAAGCCGGAGACAAGUUCCUGCAAGCCUUGGGCCAUACUUGGCAUGACACCUGCUUUGUCUGUGCUGUCUGUUGUACAAAUUUAGAAGGCCAAACCUUCUUCUCGAAGAAGGACAAGCUGUUAUGCAAGAAGCAUGCUCACACAGUGAACGUCUAAACUGGACAAGAAGCUGUAAAGCAGAGGAAUAAAGAGAACAUUUGGAGGAGUCGAAGACAAGCAAAUAAUUUGUUUCAUUUUUCUUCUAAAAGACAGUCAGCCCAUAAUUAAUUUUUGGGUUAAAAGGGGGAACAAAUUGGUGUAAGGUGUUUGAAUAUCUUUUGGUUUGGGGCUCUACUUAGAUCCUUUGAUUUAAAAAAUACCUAGUGUUAUGGUCACAUUUUGGAAUGGGUUUGGAAUACCUACCUGAAAUAUUUUAUUCAGAAUCUUUUAUUGAGUUGUUACAUAACAGCUGUUAAAAAGAGCAAGGUUUCUUAAAAGGCACAGGAUUCAAACAUUUGGCUGCAUGCUUGAAUAAUAAUUUAUCUAAUGAUGUGGUAAUUUAGGUAGUGUGAUCACAGUACAAGUCUAGUUGAACAUUAACUUACCACUAUUUGUGGAAAAUCAAGCAGAAUUUAUUUUGUAGAUUUGGAGUUGAUUCUGCCCCUUUUUACAAUAAGAUCUCCACAUUUAAGAUCCUUAAUUGAGUUUAUUUCUGUAAGAAAUGAUCAUUCCAACUUUGAAUAUAUUUUAGCCAAGGGAUUGUGGACAUUUGCAAAGCAAGAAAAAGUAUCAGGCCGAUUUUGAUUCUCAACUGGUCUCUUCCAAAUUUCAGUAGCUUUGUAUUUUCAAACUUAAAGCAACUCUGUGCUGAUGCUUUAGAGGUUUAGCAUCCAGUGACUAAUCAGGAGAAUCAAGUACUGGUGAUGCUAAAUAAAGCUUAGUUUUAUGAAUUAUAAUUGGGAAAACGUCAAAAUGAUAAACCUGUCAGAUCAAUGGAGUAUUUUCAUUCUUUAUCACAAACUGGAACAUUGUGUUACAUGAUCCAAUGACAGAAAUUAACUUUUUUUCUGGAUCUUCUGGACUAUUUUUAAAGUUAGUGUACUAAGUAUUGAAUUUUCUAUGACUUUUGACUGCAGGUCCAAACAUACGUAUAAAGUUUAUUUUUCAUCUGAGUAUGAUUCAUAUAGAUUUCAAAUAUUGGGAGCCAGGAUCAAAAUUCUUUCAGGUGAAAGGGAAUGUCUUGCUUAUUACUCUCUCUGGAAUUUUUCUUGGGGAUAAGGAAGGUUAUCUACCAAACUUCAUACCUGUAAUAGGCUUUUGCCAUUUCUUGUGAAGUUAUGUACUGAGUCAUGUCAGACUGGACUCAGUGGCACUACAGAAAUAAGGAAAUAACCAACUGAGCACUUUUUGAAUUAUGACUUGUUCAUUUCUGAGAAAUGAUACAUGGUAUAAAUAGGAGAGAUUUCUGCUACCAAUUGGAUGCUGUCUUGCUUACUUUGGUCCGUCCAAACAUUUUUAAUCACUCCACUUUUUCAAGAGUGUACAACCCUGUUACUAAUGGCCUUUGGUUCAUAUUUGAUUGUAUAUGCUCAGUGCUGAAUUGAAAGUGUACAACUUGCUUAUUUGAGCCCUAUCACCCCUACUGGGGAAUAGGCUGCUGACAGUGGCUUGCCAGAGUCCUCUGUCUUCGGUCAGUCUUUCACUUUAUCUCCACAUCUUGGUGUGUCCUUCCUCUUCCAUGGAUGAAAUCAUUGGAGCUUCUGUUGGCAUUUCUGUAGUACUGAGUUUUUACAGGAUGGGGUUGCUAGCCCCAUACCCAACCCUCCUUUUGCAGCCAGGCUUUGAACUGUCCAUGGCGGAGUUGGAACUAACUAAAUGCUUUGUUAUGAAAUAAAGCUGGAUAUCUGGGGGCCUUAAUUUUGCUUUGUGCUUGAAAUUAUACAAUUGAAUCGAGUUGGGGAGAGAAGAUUUUUCCAAAGCGUUCUUUUGAUCAGCUGGCCUUCAGCUUCAUUCGACCUUCACUCAGUUCGGUUGGAGCACACCCGGAUAGUAGCAGAAUCACGUGGGUCAAGAGAACUAGCUGUAGUCUGCACGGCAGCUCUGCAUUUGAACUUAAAAAUUGUUCCUUCCUGAUUAAUUCCCACUGUCUCUCAGUGCUCUGGCUCUGCUUGCUUAGCAACGCAGUGUAUAAUGGUGGGAAUGGGGUAGGGAACCCAACCACACUGAUGCCUUUGUUCAAAUGUGGAGGCCAUAUAUCAUGCUCAUUCGGUAGUUAAUUCUGUUGUGUAUUUUUGGGAGGUAUGCAUAUGUACCAACACAUACCCAUCAAAGCAGUUCAAGGAAUGUUGUGUGGUAUAGUUAUUUUAUUUCCAACUCAGCUAGUUUGUGUUUUUAAACAGAGUAAAUUAAAUAUUCUUUAGAUGCUUGGCAAGUUUUGUGAAAGUUCUGAAAAAUCCAGGAAGUGUCUUAGUUUAGAAGCUUAAGAGAAACUUAAUCACAGUUUGUACUUUUUACACUUUGGGUUAAUUUUGGAUGGAUAAAUCUCACAGCAGUGUUAGUGGCUGGUUUAGAUAUCUUGACCGAUAUUUAUAAUGAAUAUAAUAGGAUAACAGAGCAGACAGGGCAAUAAGGAACCAUAGCAAUUAGAUUAAAUUUAACCUGUCACGGUGGUAAAUUUGCCAUGGAUUUUUGACUUGAUGUAACAUUGUAUAUUGAGAUGGCCAUGUAUGAGAGGUAGGGGUGGGUGGAGAGAGAGGAUGAAGUUUUGGCAUCACUGUUGCAAUGAAGUGCCACCAUAAUGUGUAAAAUCAGCAGUCUCACUCCCUCAAGGUUUUCAAUGGUAAGCAGCAUGUUUUGAGAUACUAAUAAUUAGCAAAGGAAAUGGGCAAAUUAAUAACCAAAGCAAAUUUCAUUAAAAUAUGUCUGGAAUCUCUUUUGAAAAUGACUAGAAUGGCACCAAUUUGAAUAAAUCUGUGUGUGAACAUUUGCACCAUUUUGUCUUUGGUGAUGUAUCACCAUGUCUCGAAGCCAGAGGGCAUCAGUGGAGAAUCAUCAUGAACUUCAGUGCAGGACAGAACAUUAUAGUUAGAAAAUUGUGUAAUCUGAGAAAUGUUUUAUACUGAUCAACUACUGAUCAGUUCUUUUUAGAACACCUGUAAAGAAAGAAAAUAAUUAGGAUUUCGUUGUGACCAGGUAAAAUGAAAUUGUACUGAGAGCCCCAGGAUUUCCUUACCCUUCUCUCACCCCCCCCCCCCCCCACCCCCACAUUGGAGCAGUUCAUUGAACAGCAAGCAUAGUUUUUAACUGGGUUUGUUUUAGUUUGCACCAGGGACCUGAUGGACUUGUACUGUGCUUGGGGAGAGUUGUUUAAUUUUACUGCUGCAUCACAGCUGCUGGUCAGAGCACUUACAGUCCGUCCUAUGGUUCAUUCCUAAAUGAGCCAAAAGCUUUUGUUUAAGGUAACAGAAUGCCGCAUAUGUCCAUCCUCUUGCCACUUUUCUUAGUCAGUGCUUCCAUCAGUCAGUACUUCAACAAAAGCUAGAGGUGCUCCAAUUCGAACUGUUUGUAUAGCUUUCAAAUGUAUUUGAAAAUAUUCUUAAGGCUUUGAUAUGUAAGAGCUUGAAGUUAAAUCACUAAACAAUAUAAGCAUCCCUGCUUGGAUUUAACCAGUUUUAAACAGAUGUACAAGGUUUACACAUAUGCAUGGCUAUUUUCUAUAUAUGUAUGUUGAGAAGACUAGAGCUGAAAUGUUUGAUUGCUGAUAUGCUUCCAUUGAACAAGAGAUUGACUGAAGCAAAAACAUAAUCAACAGAUGGUUUCUCUUUAAUAAAUCUGGUCUGUCAUUCUUUAAAAUCA